AUAUAUAGUUGAAAGUCUCUUAUUUAAUUAAAAAAAAUAGUAAGAGUGAUCAAUAAUUCACUUGUUCUCAAGCUCAGUCAUCACUAUCAUCAUCUGUCUACACGUUGGGCUGGAAUCGACCAGAGCGAAGUGAUACGUCACAAGAUCUGAUUGGUUCACCGGAGAUCAAAUGGGGAGGACGACUUGGUUCGAUGACGCCGGUUUGAAGAAAGGAGAGUGGACGGCGGAGGAAGACCGGAUGCUCGUGGCUUACAUCAACGAAUACGGUCUCGGGGACUGGCGUGCCAUGCCUAAGAGAGCCGGUCUGCAAAGAUGUGGAAAGAGUUGUAGAUUAAGGUGGCUGAAUUAUUUGAGGCCUGGAAUUAAAAGAAGCAAGUUUACUCCUGAAGAGGAAGAAGAUAUCAUCAAAUUUCAUUCUCUUCUUGGAAACAGGUGGGCAGCAAUAGCAAAGCAAAUGCCUAACCGAACAGACAAUGGAAUAAAGAAUCAUUGGCACUCAUGUCUUAAGAAAAGACUCGUUAGAAGUGGAAUCGAUCCCAUGACCCAUGAGCCUAUCGUCAACGUCAAAGCCACUUCCUCCUCAACGACUUCGUCUCGAACACUGACUUCUAGUUCUUCCUCUUAUUCCUCCACAAGCUCUGCACGUCUACUUAACAGGCUUGCGGCUCUAAUCUCCUCAAGAAAACAUGGACUUGAUAGGAUUAAGAAUGUGAUAUUAUCAGAACCAAGACAGGCCGUUGAAGAAGAUAAGUUGAUGAUAAGCAGCAAGGAAGAGGAGGAAGUGCAUGGUUUCAUGGAGAUUGAUGAUAAUUUGAUCAGUACAACGUCAUUAGAUGCGUUGCUUUUUUAUUCUUCUACUACGACUACGGCUGGCUUCGUGGCUGCUUUUGAUGACUGCUCAUUAGUUGCGCCCUACGAUCUGUACCAGUCUGAUUUCUAUCAUGAGACUGAUGACCAACUUGACCGGUUCCUAGAUAUUCACUCUCUUGCACAAGAAGAUCUAUCUUGAAUUUCUUUUUUUCUGUAUCGGUUUGUUCAGAGUUACUAACGAGAAAAGAGGCUUAUGAGGAAACCAAGUGUUUUUAGUAGUUAGCAUAGAUGACAUGAUGGUAAACGUUUUUAAGUUUUGGCUGUAACCUCUAGCACAUGCUUAUGAGCGCGACAUGCAUAUCGGAGAAAGGUUUCAUGCCAUUUCAAUGAAACAAGCCAA